AUGGUACAUUGGAGGUGCUGCAUCCCCAUCCUGGGUUGCACAUUCUUUUUCACUGCCGCGGCAUCCCCGAAAGAGCUUACUGGACAGAUAGUCACAGGUGCUUAUAUUGUCGAACUAGCGGCAAGCCAUGACUCCGCCUCCUUCUACAACACACUCGAAAUCGAUGAGGGUGGUAUAGAGCACCGCAUGAAUCUCAACUACAAGCUAUUCAAAGGAAUCUCGUUCCAGCUUCAGAACGUGUCUAAUGCAAAUGCUGCUGCGGCCAAGAUUGCAGAAAUGGAUAUGGUCAAGCAAAUUUGGCCAGUUCGCGUUCAAGCUCGGCCUCGUAACGAAAUUGUCUGGGAAGGCCAGGAUAGAAGUUCGGGUCAGAGCGCGCUCCGUAGGCGGCAGGGAGGCGAAAACACCAGCGAUACAUACUCGACCCAUGCUAUGACGCAAGUCGACAAGCUCCGUGCUCAGGGUAUCACUGGGAAGGGCACCAAGAUUGCGAUCAUUGACUCCGGGGUUGACUACCUGCACCCUGCAUUGGGCGGUGGCUUUGGUGAAGGUUACUUAGUUUCCUAUGGAGCUGACCUGGUGGGAGACGACUACGACGGCUCCAAUACCCCUGUGCCGGACGACGAUCCGAUGGACGAGUGCGUAGGCCACGGCACGCACGUUGCUGGCAUUGUCGCCGCUCAAGCCAACUCCAUGGGCUUCACUGGAGCCGCUCCUGACGUCACUCUGGGUGCAUACAGAACCUACACGUGUAAUACUGGUCGGGUGGCCAAUGAUGUUCUGAUUGCUGCAUUCAAUCAAGCGUUUGAAGACGGCAGCGAUAUCAUCACCUGUUCAAUGGGCUACUCUUCAGGCUGGACUGAAGACCCUUGGGCCGUUGCUGUCUCGCGCAUCGUCGAUCAAGGCGUACCGUGUCUUCUCUCUGCUUCCAAUGAAGGCGACAAAGGCCUGUUUUACACCAGCACGGCAUCAAAUGGCAAGGGUGUAACGGCGGUCGCUGCCAUCGAUAACAUCGUUAUUCCUCAACUCUUAAUGAACGCGACAUACACUAUAGGCAACUCGUCGGCCAGCUCGCCACCCGAACCUUUCGGAUGGACUUACGGUUCCCCUGCGAACUGGGGAAACAUCAGUCUCCCAUUGUGGAACAUAAACGAUGAUCCUACCGACCCUGCAAACGGUUGCGAUCCGUACCCAGCUGGCACUCCCGAUCUGUCCGGAUACGUUGUUCUGAUCCGCAGAGGAACCUGCACCUUUGUCGAGAAGGCAACCAAUGCCGCAAAUGCCGGAGCCAGAUACAUCAUGCUGUACAGCAAUGUCAAGACAGUAAUCGGUGUUUCUGUUGAAGAAGUUGAUGGCAUCCUUGCUAUAGGUAUGGUGCCCCGCGAGACGGGUGAAGAGUGGGUUGCUAAUCUGGCGGCUGGAAUUACUGUCACCGUCAAUAUCUUGGACCCCACUAUCGCUCCGGUAUUCGUCGCUCAAUCAUCUAAUAACGCUACCGGUGGAUUCCUUAGUACGACCACACCCUGGGGUCCGACGUUCGAGAUCGAUGUCAAGCCGCAGAUCGCAGCACCAGGUGGUAUAAUUUUGUCCACUUGGCCGCGUGCUCUUGGUAGCUAUGCUGUGCUCUCUGGCACUUCUAUGGCAACUCCACUUGCGGCUGCUAUUACCGCGCUAGUCGCAGAGGUCCGUGGGACGUUCGACCCUAGAGAGCUUGAAAGCGUUCUCUCUGCGACUGCAAACCCGAAUCUCUUCAAUGACGGUAGUACCACGUACACUUAUCUUGCUCCCAUCGCUCAGCAAGGCGGUGGUCUCAUCCAGGCCUAUGACGCCGCGUACACGAAGACUGUCUUAAGCGUUUCCAGUGUCUCUUUCAAUGACACCAACAACCGCAUUGGAACCACGAACUUCACCAUUACCAACACUGGCACCGAAGAUGUUACAUACAGCAUGGCCAAUGUGAUUGCUGCGUCCGGUUACACUCUCGAAGAGGGCACGAUCUUUCCAAUGAGCUUCCCCAACGAGCUCGUAACUCAGGGUGCUGAGCUAUCCUUUAGCGAUGACAAGGUCACUGUCUCCGCCAAAAGCGAGGUCGCUGUCAGCGUUACGGUUUCACCGCCCGCGCUCGAUGCAACCCGUCUCCCCGUGUUCAGCGGCUACAUCACGCUCAAUGGCACCAACGGUGACUCUCUGAGCCUUCCUUACCUCGGCGUUGUUGGCAGCAUGCUUGAAGCGACCGUCCUCAACAUCAACAACACAUACCUCACGAGGCCUGAUGAUCCGGAUGCUAUGCCUCUCCCCGCUGACUUUUCUUUCACCAUCCCCUCCAGGGUAAACACUGCGUCCAACGCUACCGUCGUAUUACCGGAGGUCCAAACUGAUUUCGCAUUCGGAACUUCACUGCUAGAUAUUCAGGUCUUGACCACUGACAGCAACAACUCGUCCUCUCUGGGCAGCAUCGUCGACUUCCCUACAAAGUACGUGCCACGUGGACAAUCUUGGUGGGACUGGAAUGGGCAGCUCUCGGACGGCUCGUUUGCGCCAGGCGGCACGUACAAGUUCCUCGUGAAGGCGCUUCACAUCUUUGGUGAUGCAUCUACGGAUAGCGAUUACGAUGUCGCCGAAACAGUAAGCUUUAGAAUUCAGUACGCGUAG